CCCGGACCCAAAGUAGAAGAAGAAGACGGUGGCCCCAUGGACGAAAGCCCGCCACCGAGCGUCACGUCGCCGACGUCCCUCGACGACUUCCGGCGGUCCUCCGUCGGUUCCAUGCCCCGGCGAGAGACCGAGCCAUCGGGCUACCAGCGGGCUGCGUCCCUCAAGUUCCUCCAGCGGGGCGCCAGCGGUCAUGCGAGCAUGAGCAUGGGCCCGAACGACAUCCCGACGCAUGCAGGCCCUGUCGCUGGCGCGCCCAUGUCAGCGCCGAGCCUCUCCAAGCCAGGCUCGCGGCGCAGCUUUGCGUUCUUUGGCUCCAAGGACCGCCCGCCAUCGAGCACGGGCUCGAGUACGCAAUCCUCGUUCAUGGGUGGGCAACCGCCGUUCAUGAGCAACAAGACGGGCUCGGGCUUGAGCGACUCGUCGAUGCCCGAGCAGUCGCCAGCAUCAACGGGCUCGCAAGGGUCGACGAUGCUGUCGCAGUCGAUGGCACCGUCCGAUAGCCCAGCAAACGCGAUCUUGCACAGCGGGUACUUGACCAAGCGCGGUCACGUCAUCACAAACUGGAAGACGCGCUUUUUCGCGCUGCGGUCGCAAGGCCGAUUGAGCUACUACAACGACGAGGGCAUGGGGAAGAAGCUCGGCGAGGUCCACGUGUCCAAAGUGAGUCCAUGGAGCGGCGAAACCAAUGGCUUUAUGUUCCAAACGACCAAGCAAAUCUCGUAUUACGUGUACGCGAGCUCCAACACGGAGCGAGCGCGCUGGCUCAAAGCCCUCGACGACUUCUACAUUGUGCCCGACCCGGUCGACUGCGAAGGGUACCUCACCAAGCGCGGACACCUCGUGCCUAGCUACCGCUUGCGCUACUUUGUCAUGUGCGGCAGCGUCGUCAAGUACUACAGCGACGAGACGGCGUACCGCACCGGCGCGUCGGCGUUGGCCGAGAUCGAAGUCAAGAGCGGCGGCCGCUGGGACGGCGAGAGCACCGGUCUCUUCUUCAAGACCGCGACCAACAGCACCAUGUUUGUCUGCGCCGAGAACGUGGCCGACCUGCAAAAGUGGAUCGAGGCGCUCGGCCGCAUCUUCAACGAGGCGCCCAAGCCCGCGCCUGUCGCUUGCGCCGGCUGGCUCACCAAGCAAGGCCACAAGCGCAAGAGCUGGAAGAAGCGAUACUUUGUGCUCCGGGGCACCGUCCUCUCGUACUUUGCGGACUUUGAGGCCGCCAACACGCGUCUCGGGAAGGCGCUCAGCGAAGUGAGUGUCAAGGACGUGGCGCCGUGGGACGGUGAAGUGUGCGGCUUUAUGUUUGUGACGCUCGAGAACGUGCCGUACUACGUCUUUGCUGACAACGAGCGCGACCAGGCCAAGUGGAUGACGGCGCUCAAGAAGGCUGUCGGCCUCGACGCGCCGACGCUCGAGACGCCCGACGAACCAGAGAAGAAGUGUCCGCGCUGCGAGUAUGUGCUCACGGGCACGCGCUUUUGCGGCGCGUGCGGCUUUAACCUUCGCGGUACGAGCAACGAACGCUCCAAGAUGGCGCCGCCGCCCGUGGCCGUCGCGGACGAGGCAGACGACGACGAGAACAACGCGAUGGACGACCUCGACGCGCUCUCGGAAGGCGCGCGCACCUUGCUGCUCGCCGUCAUGCAAAAUCCCAGCGUUCAGAUUGGCGGCGAAGGCGAGAAUGCGUUCGCACCGCGCAUCGGAAGCACCCCGUCCGUCGAGACAACGACCGACGCACCGCCGCCGCCGCUGUCGCCGGAGAAGCCUGCACCGCUCGUGCUUGCGACGCCCGAGAAGCCGCCGACUCCGGAAAAGCCAGCCGAGAAGCCGCCAGCGUUUGUGAUGCGCCCGCCGACGCCGCCCAAGCCGUCCGCGGCCAAGAGAAGCAACAGCGACAGUGAGGACGAAGAAGAGUCGAAGGAAGACUUUUCGAAAUUUCGGACCGCGACCGACUCGUUUGCGUCCAAGCAGCGCAAGCAGGCGCCGCGCGCCAUCAACGUCCCGGGCCCGACGACGACCACGGACACGAGUUUCAACUCGUUUGGCUCGGACCAGGCGCCGGCCCGUCGCAUCUCGCAGCCGAUCCCGAUCGACGGGCCGCAGCCGCUGGGGCCGUCGGCGCGCAAGACGGUGGCUCAGCUUCUCCACGAAGCCGAAAGCGACGAAGAAGAGGAAAAGAAGGAGCACGACGACGAUGACGCGUCGACAGGAGACAAACCGGGCGAAGGGCUGUCUCAGUUCCACCUUCGCGGGUCGGCGCGGCAGUUUGAUACGCUGCCGCCCAACGACGACCACGACGAGACUGCCGCCGUCGCGUCGCCAAGCUCGCGCCAUAGCGAUGCGCUCGUACUCGACGGCGUUGUCGGCCUCGAUGAAGAAACCAAGCCGACGCCCAAGCUCGACUUGCACACGCUCAUGGAGCGCGAGCUGCACUGCACGCCGCUCUUUGUUCCGUCGGCCGAGUCGCCUGUCCGCUGCCGCCUCUACGCGUCGAUGGCCUACGCCACGUCCAAGAAGAUUCUCGUGUUCCUCUCCGACUCGGGGCCGCUCGGGGUGUGGCACCAGAACGACAACAUGAACGCUGCGCUCGACGAAGACCACCCGUUUGCGAUGCUGUCGUAUCUCCAGCGGGCGGUCUCGGAAGGCUACAGCGUCGUCGUCUGCAAUCCGUUCUCGAACAGCGCCAAGGUGUUUGAAGAGGGCGGUCGUGAGCGCAUUGUGCCGAUUCCGUCGUCCGCGACCCCGAAAGAGCACGUGUUUUUCGUGUGGGAGAAAUUCCUGCAGCCGACGUCGGCCGAGAUCUCGGUCGUCGCGUAUCAGCGGGGAGGGUCGCUCGCUGUGGCUCUGCUCGAGCACUUUGAGCGCUGCCGGACGCGUCUCCACCGCAUGGCGUUUGUCGAUUCCAAGCACAUUGUCAACCGUGAAAGCACGAGCGCGGCGGUCCUCGAGGUCCUCGGUCGCCGCACGAUCCAGUGGGAAGCGUCGAAAGACCAAGCGCUCGGCGGCCAAAUCGUCGAGUCGCAAGAGCGCGUCGGCUGCGUCUGUCUCUCGAUCGGCGCGUGCGACGACCUGCACGUGCUCCAGCACGCCGAAGAUCCAGUGUUUGCGUACCUCUUGGCCAACCCGCCGCGCCCGGGCAUGACAGCGAUCGUCAAGCAGGUCCGCAGCGUCCUCCGCGCCCGCCGCAAGACGCUGAAUGAAAAGAAGCCCGAGAUGCGCAACUCGAAUGUGUUUGUGCUCGGCGAAGCCGACACGGGCAACAGCGACAAUAUGGAUGAAGAGCCGUCGCCCGAAAAGGAAAUGCAAGUCGCGCGGCAAGCGCCGGCGGCGCCCACGUACUACUUGCCCAAGCAGACGGCGGCGGCACCCAAGUCCAAGACGCAGCCACAUAAUUUGAUUUCGAUGCGCGACUUUGAGUUGGUCAAGGUCGUGGGCCAAGGCGGCUUUGGCAAGGUCUUCCUCGCCAAGAAGGUGACGGACCCGCACAAGGACGAGUCGUAUGCGAUGAAGGUCCUCAAGAAGCAGCACGUGCUCUCGAGCGGCCUCGUCAACACGACGAUGGCCGAGCGCAAGAUCCUCACGGAAAUUUCGCACCCGUUCGUCGUCAAGCUCUACUACGCGUUCCAGUCCGAGUCCAAACUGUACCUGGUCAUGGACUACCUCAGCGGCGGGUCUCUCGCGCUCCAUCUCCGUCGCCGGCGCAAGUUCCCAGAGGACUGGGCGCGUUUUUACGGUGCCGAGGUGGCCGCCGCGAUCGCGCAUCUGCACCACGUUAACAUCAUCUACCGCGACGCCAAGCUUGAGAACGUGCUCAUGGACCACGAAGGCCACGUGCGGAUCACUGACUUUGGUCUCUCCAAGCAAGGCGUGUCGGGGCUCCAGGGCGCGACGACCUUUUGCGGGACUGCUGCGUACAUUGCGCCCGAGCUCCUCAAGGGCCAGACUGGUCCGCGCGGCGCCGACGAGGUGCUCACGCACCCAUUUUUUGACUCGAUCGACUGGGCCGAGCUCCUCGCCAAGCGCGUGCCGCCGCCGUUCAACCCGGGCGUCGGUCGCCUAGACACGCACUUUGUGGCGCAGAACCUCAACGAGAUCACCUCCCAAGACCGGCAGGUGAGCAUGAUGCACCGCAACGAGCACGGCCCGCAGCGCCACAACGACUUUGAUGGGUUUAGCUUUGUCGGGCGGUCCAACCUCAACUUGGACCUGAGCUAA